UGUGACCGUACUGGCGCGAAAACUGCACAUUGAUUAGAGAAGACGACGAGAGUACAGAAAAUAUAUCAAGAAAUCUUCGGCGACUUUGACCCGGCAUGGACGUAGCAGACCGCGCUGUUGGGCACAACGUAGUGAAAGACGAUGUAGCAGACAGAUGCCAAAAGCUAUUCCAAGAUUUCUUGGAAGAGUUUAUGGUCGAGGGAGAGGUCAAGUACCUACCUGAUGUCCAGGAGCUAAUCCGGCCGGAGCGGAAUACACUGACGGUCAGUUUCAACGACAUUGAGAAGAACAACCAGCAGCUGGCCACUACCAUUCAGGAGGAGUACUACAGGGUGUAUCCUAGCCUCUGUCUUGCUGUGCGUAAUUUUGCCCGUGACCACUGUGGAGUUCCAACCAGCAAGGAGUUCUACCUCAGCAUUACCGAUGUGCCCACCAGACACAAGGUUCGUGAACUGACCACGGGAAAGGUCGGCACUCUGCUGCGAAUCAGCGGUCAGGUCGUCCGCACACACCCUGUCCAUCCCGAGCUGGUCAGCGGGACCUUCAUCUGCCUGGACUGUCAAUCAGUCAUCAAGGAUGUGGAGCAACAAUUCAAGUACACACAGCCAACCAUUUGCCGCAACCCUGUGUGCGCCAACCGCAGUCGCUUCAUGCUGGACGUGAACAAGUCACGCUUUGUGGACUUCCAGAAGGUGCGAAUCCAGGAGACCCAGGCUGAGCUGCCACGUGGGAGCAUCCCACGCAGUGUGGAGAUCAUCCUUCGUGCAGAGGCAGUGGAGAUGGCUCAGGCAGGAGACAAGUGUGACUUUACUGGCACUCUCAUCGUGGUCCCUGACGUGUCUCAGCUCAACACCCCAGGUGCCCGUGCUGAGACAGGUACUCGUGUGAAGGCAGGAGCUGGGUAUGACUCAGAAGGGGUGGGGGGGCUGAAGGCCCUGGGUGUGAGGGAACUGUCAUACAGUAACAUUGUAUUUCCUACUCCAGGUGCCCGUGCUGAGACAGGUACUCGUGUGAAGGCAGGAGCUGGGUAUGACUCAGAAGGGGUGGGGGGGCUGAAGGCCCUGGGUGUGAGGGAACUGUCCUACAGACUCGCCUUCCUCGCCUGCUCAGUGGAAGCUACCAAUCCUCAGUUUGGAGGCCGUGAUCUUCGAGGCGAUGACCUGACGGCUGAAACCAUUAAGAAACAAAUGACCGAACAGGAGUGGCAGAAGGUUUAUGAGAUGAGUCGGGACAAGAACCUGUACCAGAACCUCUGUACCAGUCUCUUUCCUACCAUCCAUGGUAACGAUGAGGUGAAGCGCGGUGUGUUGCUGAUGUUGUUCGGAGGUGUUCCCAAGCAGACCAUGGAGAAGACCAGCCUGCGUGGUGACAUAAACGUCUGCAUCGUUGGUGAUCCCAGCACCGCCAAGAGCCAGUUUCUCAAGGCAGUGGAACAGUUCAGCCCCCGUGCUGUGUACACCAGCGGUAAGGCCAGCAGUGCCGCUGGUCUGACAGCAGCUGUCGUGAAAGACGAGGAGUCCCACGAGUUUGUCAUCGAAGCUGGGGCGCUCAUGUUGGCCGACAAUGGUGUGUGCUGUAUUGAUGAGUUUGACAAGAUGGACCCCAAAGAUCAGGUGGCCAUUCACGAGGCUAUGGAACAACAGACCAUCUCCAUCACCAAGGCUGGGGUUAAGGCUACGCUGAAUGCUCGUACCUCCAUCUUGGCUGCUGCGAACCCCAUCGGAGGCCGUUACGACCGUACCAAGUCUCUGAAACAGAAUAUCACGCUGACGGCCCCCAUCAUGUCUCGCUUCGACCUGUUCUUUGUCCUGGUGGACGAAUGUAAUGAGGUGACAGACUACGCCAUUGCUCGCCGCAUCGUUGACCUCCACAGCCAUGGGGAGGCCUCCGUGGAGCGUACCUACUCCGUGGAGGAGAUGCAGAGAUACCUCAUGUUCGCUCGACAGUUCAAACCUAAGAUUAGCAAAGAGGCAGAGGAGUUUAUGGUGGAUGAGUAUCGCCGCCUGCGUCAGCGUGACUGCUCCGGCGUCAGCAAGUCCUCGUGGCGAAUCACCGUGCGCCAGUUGGAGAGCAUGAUCCGUCUGUCCGAGGCCAUGGCUCGCAUGUACUGCCAGGACGAGGUCCAACCAAAACACGUGAAGGAAGCCUUCCGUCUCCUGAACAAGUCCAUCAUCCGGGUGGAGCAACCUGACAUCAACCUGGGCACAGAAGAUGAGGAGCAAGAGGUGGAUGGAGGUGGUGAUGAGAUCCUGAGUGAAGAAGCCAUGGACACUGAUGAUGCCCAGAAGGCCGCUGACGAGCCCCCCUCUCCACCCAAAAAGGCCAUCAGGCUAACGUUCGACGAAUACAAGACUCUGGCUAACCUCCUUGUACUGCAGAUGAGACGGAAGGAAGCAGAAACAGAUGAUGGAGAUGGUGGUAUGAGGAAGGGAGAGCUGGUGACCUGGUAUCUACAUGAGAUCGAGAAUGAGCUCGAGUCUGAGGCAGAGUACUUCGAGAAGCAGACCAUCGUGGAGAAGGUCAUCGAGAGGCUCAUCCACCAUGACCACAUUCUUGUGGAGCUGUCCAAGAUUGGUCUGAAGAAGAGAGCAGGAGACCAGGCCAGCUCAGACCCACUACAGGACAAGGACCCCCUCCUGGUGGUACAUCCCAACUAUGUCAUCGAUGACUAGUUGUAAAUAUAAACUACAUUAGAGUCCCUUGUCUAUAGUGCUAACAUGGUAGGAAAGAACAUCAUAUGCAGUACACUUUAAUCUCAUAUACUUUAUCAUUAUACCAGUAUGUGGUGGAAUCUGUGAAGUUGUCAUCUGAUUAGGAUUGUGAAAAUUAUGAGGGAAAAAGUGUAUGGUCAAUGCUUUCAAAUGGUCGCAAUAGAAUUAGAUAUCUUUUGUAUUGAGUGUUUUUCAAGCAGAGUUGGGAUAUCAAUAUUUUAGAAACAGGUCCAGGUCGUCACCAAUUUGACAGAUGGAUUAUACUUAAAUGUCUUGAUGUAAGCUUUGUAGUCUAUACUUAGAAAUAUAGAAACUCUUUCAUUGUAAAAAAAAAAAAGGAACAUUUGUUUCAAGAUCUGUGGUAUUUAGACAAAAUGUGCAUUUUACAGAAAUUAAACAGGAAACGGUUCACCUUGUUAUGAUUCAUUUGUACUACAAUGAAUAGGAUUGGUGGAAGUAUGAAGAACCUGUGUAAGAUUUUGGGUAUGAAGUAUGUAAUAUUUCAAAGAAAUGAAAAUUGUGACUGUUUGUCUGAUACAUACAUGUAAUGUUACAAAGAGAUGGGGGUAACUGUUAGCCCGCUACACCCUUUAAAAUCUUCCAGUUACUGAAAAUUUUAUGAUUACAGAAGACAAACUAAAAGAGACGAGACAGACAUUUGGGGUCCCCAAUGUUUGUAUUGUCCAUAGUAGUAUUGUACUAAUGCAGAUACAUCCAGCAAAAACUGAGAGCUUGUAUUAUUGUUUGUCAUGAAUGGUG